GUAAAAAAAAUGGUGUCUGUUGAGGAAAUUCAUAAUGCCCAGAGAGCUCGAGGCCCAGCAACUGUCUUAGCUAUUGGAACUGCCACUCCGACCAACUGUUUCUAUCAAGCUGACUACCCUGAUUACUUCUUCAAAAUCACCAAGAGUGAACACAGAACUGAUCUAAAAGAGAAAUUCCAAAGAAUGUGUGAAAAAUCAAAGAUAAGGAAACGGUACUUGCAUCUUACUGAAGAAAUUCUCAAAGAAAACCCUAAUAUAUGUGAAUACAUGGCACCUUCACUUGAUGCACGUCAAGACAUACUUGUUGUCGAGGUACCAAAACUAGGAAAAGAAGCUGCACUGAAAGCUAUCAAAGAAUGGGGUCUAUCGGUUGAAAAGAUCACUCAUUUAAUCGUGUGCACUACUUCGGGUAUAGACAUGCCUGGCGCUGAUUACCAGAUCAGUAAACUUAUUGGUCUUGUUCCUUCUGUUAAGCGAAUGAUGAUAUACAACCAGGGUUGCUAUGCUGGUGGGACUGCGCUUCGUCUUGCUAAGGAUGUAGCUGAGAACAACGCUGGUGCACGUGUACUUGUUGUGUGCGCAGAAAUUACUGCCAUUGCUUUCCGAGGUCCAGCUGAUACUCACUUGGACUCUCUAGUGGGUCAAGCUCUUUUCGGUGAUGGUGCAGGUGCCAUGAUCAUUGGAGCAGACCCUGAUACUACGGUGGAACAUCCAAUUUUUCAAAUUGUUUCAACUGCUCAAACCAUACUUCCCAAUUCAGAUGACACAAUUAAUGGACACUUACGCGAAGUUGGUCUUACUUUUCACCUGUUGAAAGAUGUUCCUGGAUUGAUUUCGAACAACAUCCAGAAAUGUUUAGACGAGGUUUUCACACCAAUUGGUAUCAGUGAUUGGAACUCUUUGUUCUGGAUCGUUCACCCUGGUGGUCCAGCAAUUCUUGACCAGGUUGAGUUGAAUCUUGGGCUGAAAGAAGAGAAACUUAUGGCGAGUCGUCAUGUGUUGAGUGAGUACGGUAACAUGUCCAGCGCCUGUGUUGUUUUCAUCAUGGAUGAGAUGAGAAAGAAGUCUGUUGGGGAAGGAAAAUCAACUACUGGGGAUGGAUUGGAAUGGGGUGUGUUAUUCGGGUUUGGACCGGGUCUCACUGUUGAAACGGUCGUGCUUCAUAGUGUCCCUACUGUUUGGUGA